AUGGAGAAACGGGUUGAAGAGUUGAUUAACGCCGAAAGUGAAAUGGAAAGUAAUGAUUCGAAGUACACAAAGGGGAUAUGGAGCCAAUCUAGCGAAUCGGAUUCAGACAGAGUCGGGUCUAGUGAUCGCUUAAAUCAUUCCAAACUGUUCAUUGAUGGUGGAAACUUUCCAAAACUGUUAACUUUUUAUUGGAUUCUGUUCAUUAUCUUCUUCUCGUUUAACGUCUCUUAUUAUAUCGGGCCUAGAGUAUUAUCCCCUGCUUUUGCCACAUACUUUGUUGAGGAGUCUCCUGAAACCUCCUGGUCAAAUAUCUCGUCAACGGUUGUAAACCUGUUUGACAACUUUGUGCCUGAUUCAUCCGACAGACUCGCAGAACUCUUCCCUAACGUGACAGCCGAUGGUUCAAGAUUUCACUGGUACUAUGGCAUAUUGUGCUCAAAAAAGAGAUGUGUGGAUCCCGAUAAAUGGCACGGGAAUAUAUUACUUGCCAUGAUUGCAUUGAAGGCAGCACAAGAGGGAGAAGUCGCAGAUAUGCACGAUUAUCUUUCAAAGGUUUCAACGACGUUUUCGGGAGUACGUGAGGAAGCCAUGGACAAGGUUGUGGAGCUCGAACGCUAUCAAAGGGAUCAUGAUGACACAGCUGCUCGAGUUGUAAAGGAAAUGAAUAGAACGAUGGACAUUACUAGGGGUUUUGUCGAAAUGGGGUUUUGGUUACCGAAUGCCAUUGUAAUAAUCUUUUUCCUAAAGAGCCUUUGUGCUUCGACCAGUGAUAAAGCUGAAGAAGCUGCCUUUGCGUGCAUCUUUUGUCUGAUGAUUUCAACCAUUUUAACUGGCUUUGGAUUGGUUAAACCAGCUUAUCCAGGUGUUCUCAAAGAGAAUGCCAUCAUGAUCAAGAAAGGAGAGCUCAUGAUUCAACUCAUCGUCCUUGUGAUUUUGCAGUUGAUAUACAUCAUUUCCACUGUUGUGUAUGCGCUGGUCUUUUAUGAAAAUGAAAAAAAAAAUAUAAAAUUAAGAAAAAUGGCAGAAAGUCCAAUCUCACAUAAACGCAAAAACGACAGAAACGAGACGUCAUCAGCAGUGAAUGCAAAAACAACUCACUAG